GGACUGCGCUGCCAGCGAGACGUACGACGAGAGCAAGAAGCAGUACAACCUGACCUUCAAGAGCCCAAAGGCAACCUGGGUGACGGCAAAGCAGCUGGGCGAGACGUACGCCAAGUGGGUGAGCGAGUACCCCAUUGUGAGCAUCGAGGACCCCUACGACCAGGACGACUUUGAAGGCUUUGCCGGCAUCACAGAAGUUCUCAAGGGGAAGGCCCAGGUCGUUGGCGACGACUUGACUGUGACGAACGUGGCACGCAUCAAGAUGGCCAUUGAGAAGAAGGCCUGCAACUCGCUGCUGCUCAAGAUAAACCAGAUUGGCACAAUCACAGAGGCCAUCGAGGCAUCCAAGCUCUGCAUGGCGAAUGGCUGGUCGGUGAUGGUGUCGCACCGCAGUGGCGAGACGGAGGACACGUACAUCGCGGACCUCGUUGUGGGUCUUGGCUCUGGUCAGAUCAAGACGGGCGCGCCGUGCCGUGGUGAGCGUACUGCGAAGCUGAAUCAGCUGCUCCGCAUCGAGGAGGAGCUUGGGGCACAUGCCAAAUUUGGGUUCCCCGCUUGGGCGUAG